AUGGACAGGACUUCCCUUACAGUGGCCAUAACUUUGUUUGUCUGCCUGCGUGUUUCUACAAACGGAGAACAAUGCCCAUAUAAGGAGUGCACAUGUACUGGAGCCAACGUCGCAUGUGAAGACCUAGAUCUGUCCACAGUCCCACCGCUGUUAUCUACAAACCUCUCUGGUCCAUUCGUUCUAGUUUUCGAAAACACCCAGAUCACCACCAUAGAGGCAGGAAGCCUACCACCUCAUCUGAUGAAUCUAGAAUUGAGCAACAAUCCUAUAACGACAAUCGACAACUCGGCAUUCAUCGAGUCAGCAGCCACCCUCCAGACCAUGACCUUCUCCAGUGUUGCUUUCAGCCGAAUCCCCGACGCCCUGCUCCAAAUCACCAAUCUGGCCUCUCUUGCCGUACUAGACAGCACUAUCACAGACUGGAAUGACAAUGUCAUGAAACAUCUGGGUACAACCUUGCUAGUUCUUGAACUGGACAACAUCAAUCUUAAAACAUGGCCGGAAUGGAUUCACUACCUGGUCCAUUUGACCGACUUAAAAGUUGUCAAUAAUUUUAUCAAUGAUAUUCCAAAUGAUGCCUUCGACACUAUAGCAAGCAGUCUGAAUAGUCUGGCUCUCUACAACAACUACCUAGUCUCUAUACCUGAAGCAUUUAAGAGCCUCAGUUCCUUACAGAUGUUGUACUUAAAUGACAACCAGAUUACUGAUGUAAGGAACCUAGCACAGAUACAAGGACCUCUUUUCUCACUAACCUUAAGUAAUAACAAAAUCUCCGCAGCAAAUAUCCUCAGCCAAUCGCUGCGUCCGUUUGAACUAACAUUAUUCGGUAUUGAAAUUAAUCAUAAUGAGUUAACUGCCAUUCCUGAUCUAAGUUUCUUGGAAGGUAUCACAAAUCUUGAUCUCUCUUAUAACAACAUCUUCUCCGCCAGUCAACUUUCUCUACCACCAACACUCACUUCUCUUGAUUUAGAUAGCAAUAAUCUACGUUCCCUCCCAUACAACAUGUCAAGUUUAUCACACGUCACUAACUUAAUUUUGAAUACUAAUUUUAUUACUGAAAUCAACGGAAUUGACUUUCCCCCACAAGUCAUAAGUAUUAUUCUUGCAUAUAAUUUAAUCACAGAAAUAACUGAUACAAGUUUUCCGGACAAUUCAAACAUCGAAGAGUUAAAUAUAAACGACAAUCCUUUAUCUAAAAUCUCUCCGCUAGCUUUUAAAAAUUUACCUCAUCUAAAUCUCUUACAAAUGAGAAAUACAAAAUUGACUAGACUUCCCAUUUCUCUAGCCUUGGCUACAAAUUUAGACAACUUCGACAUCAGCGGGACAUUUGGUCUAGUCUGUACCUGCGAGGAGAAAAGUCUUGGAUCUGUUAUUGGCACCAUGAACUCGGACAAUGUAAAGGGGGAUUGUGGCUUGACCAGUGUCUAUGACUUUUUUGUAACUCUGAGUCAUUUCUGUCCUUGA